AUGUCCCUCAUCCCAUGGCUCCGGUGGAACGAGGCCCAGCCACAGCUGUCGUCCCGGAGCCCGGCUGAGAUGGUGCUGGAGACACUCAUGAUGGAGCUGGCGAGGCAGAUGCGAGAGGCCGAGAGGCAGCAGCGGGAGCGCAGCAAUACGGUCAGGAAGAUCUGCACCGGGGUGGACUACAGCUGGCUGGCCAGCACACCCCGGGCCACCUACGACCUCAGCCCCAGUGAGCGGUUGCAGCUAGAGGACGUCUGCGCCAAGAUCCACCCAUCCUACUGUGGGCCCACCAUCCUCAGGUUCCGGCAGCUGCUGGCCCAGCAGGAGCCCGAGGUGCAGGAGGUGUCCCGGCUGUUCCGCGCGGCGCUGCAGGAGGCCCUGGACGGCAUGAAGCGGGAGGCGGCUGCACACCGGCUCACGCGGCAGUGGAGCCUGCGGCCCCGCGGCGGCCUGGCGCUGGCCACCUUCAAGGCCCGCGCACGAAUCUGUCCCUUCGCCAGUGACAUCCCGACCAUCUCCGAGGACGUGGAGCGGGACACACGGCCCCCGCCCCGGGCCUGGAGCAUGCCCGAGUUCUGGGCACCCAAAGAGAACUGA